AUGCCGAUCCAGCACACCUUCAUGGGCCGGCCCGUUACGCUGCAGAUGCCCCCGCGCCGCUUCCAAGUCAUCUUCAUCGUCCUGUUCUUCUUCGUUAUCAACUUUACCUUUUACGGACCUCCGUCACGCGAUAGCAUCCCAACCUACGACCAAGUGGCCGAUGCUGUAAAGCAUCCCCAAGCCCACGUGCCCGAUUUGGGCCAGCUGCCAGCUGUACCCAAUCCCUUCGGUCCCUCAGCCCACAAGCCUCCGCCUGUCCAGGCCAACAGCACUACCGCGAGUGCCUACGGUGCCAUAGAAUGGCUUAGUGACUUCAAGUGGCGCAACCCUUUCUCCUAUUCGGUAACCCUCGAUGAGAAUACCGCCCUGCUACCUCCCCUACGCGAACGACCGCCCAUUUACACCUACUACGAUGUCCCCAAGAAGCAGGACAAAGACGUGUCUGCGGCAGAGCAACGGCUCAUACUGGCAUGGCGACGAGCAUGGUGGGCACAAGGCUUCAAGCCCGUUGUUCUUUCUCGGGCUGAAGCUAUGCACCACCCACAAUACCAGCUGUUCCAGCGCAUGAAGCUGGAUGCCAAGAUUGAAUUCGAGAUUAUGCGCUGGCUGGCCUGGGGACACAUGGGUGGCGGCGUCCUGGUCAAUUGGCUCGCAUUGCCCAUGGCCGAGUAUGAAAACCCCAUGCUGAGCUUUUUGCGACGGAAUGAAUACCCCAAGCUGUCAAGAGUUCAAUCUUUGGACAACGCCGUCUUCUUCGGAGACCGAAUGACUGUCGAUGAUGCUAUCAAGAAGGUCAUGGGCAACGAUUUGUUGAAGAAUGUCACUGCGAGCAAGGACAAGCUCUCCAAGCUAGCGAAAAAAGAGGGUGGGCCAGUCGUCAAUCUUCUGUCUACAAAGGACAUACAAGUAGACAACAAGGCCAACGGUAUCGCAUCCUACAGUAUGGCCACCAUCUCCAGCAAGUACAAGACGGUUGCCGACAAGUUUACCAACACAACCCAAGCCGUGGCCCUUGACUUACUCGCGACUCUCAUAAACUCACAUCUUCAUCUGACCUGGCAAGAGCAACACCCCGAAGGCGUCGCUAUUGUGAAGCCAGUACCAGAACAUACUACUGCCCUCUUACGCGAGACGACGGAUAUUGCGCGCAACCUGACACAAUGCCCAAGCUCCCCGAUGCCCAAAUCGUGCCCUCCUAAUCGGCCCAAGUGCAAACCUUGCGAUGCCAACAAGUCCAUGAAGCUUCAGCAAUUUCCGGAGUUUGUGAACACAACUAAGUUCUUUACGAUUGGAACCGUUCCGCACCCCUACACACUCACUUCAUUGCAUUACACACGCGACAUGAUAGACACCAACUUCUUGCGCAAUAGCGCUUCGCGCGAUCUGUGGAUACGGAAACUAACUGAUAAAUCGAUUCCGAGUGAACACACCGAAGAGUUCCGUGUACUCAAGUUCAAAGAGCUAGUAGCAGCAGCUCCAGCGCAUACCUUGUGGCUUACAGCCGAACGCAUCACGCAAGAUGAUCUGGACUGGAUUUUUGGAUUCGGUCUCCCACAGAACGCCUCCACGACCGCUGAGCCCAGUUCACCAAGCAAGGAAUCCGAGAUCAUCAUCUUCCCGCGUCCGGAGCCUCCCAAGCCCAUCGAGGGUAUAGAUGUGCCGGACGAGAAAUGGAUUGAGAAGGAGCAAGAGCGCCUGAAGAAGGCGCGCGACGCUAUCAAGAGCAAGGAUAGGAACAUGAAGUCGGUGGUCGGGGCUGUGGAGCAAUGGAACCUAGCAGAUACGGAAGCCUGGAGGUUUUCGCGUGCCUACUCAGCAAGGAGACGGCAAGAGCGGAAGAAGUGGGAAGAAGAAGAGGCAAAAUUUUCUGGCAGUGAGAAGAAGGCUGGAGUCAGGCCCGGAGAGGGUGGUGGAAGAUGGACUGAUAGGAGCUAA